AUGAGUGACAGAAAAGCAGUAAUAAAAAAUGCAGACAUGUCAGAAGAUAUUCAGCAAGAUGCAGUGGAGGUUGCUACACAAGCCAUGGAAAAGUUUAACAUCGAGAAGGACAUAGCAGCCUAUGUGAAGAAAGAAUUUGACAAAAAAUACAACCCAACAUGGCACUGUAUUGUGGGAAGAAACUUUGGUUCAUAUGUGACACAUGAAACCAAGCAUUUCAUCUACUUCUAUCUUGGACAAGUUGCUGUUCUACUGUUUAAAUCUGGUUAAUCCUGCAGCUCAAGUGUGAAAUGUCCAUUAUUUGACAGGGAGAAAAAUGAAUUUGUUUUUGUCUUUCUUUUUUCUAUUUAGUUUCACCAUUACUCAAAGUGGUGGUGUUUGCAAAUAAUGUGAAUAUAUUAAGUUGAAAACACCCUGGCACUACAUGUAUCUUUUUAAAAAUAAAUUACUAUUUGUGUGGUGAAUUGAUACUUUUAUUGUGUGAAUACCAAAUGACAAUGAGUUUCAGAAAGAUGCACACAUUCUUUUUUUAAAAAUAAAGUGCCAUUUCAUAAACGACGCAAGGCUCAGUUUUUCUUCCUUCUUUGAUUAGCCUCAGAUAUGGUGGGUGGAUCUUGCCUAGUCCCUAGGCCUCAUCAUUAUGCACGGCCUAUGCGUUUCGGGUCACGUGGUCCGACAAAAUUUUGAGGCCCAGACAAACUCGGAGAAGUGAGACAUUUUGUCUCACUUGGGGCGGAGCUUUUGGAAGUGGGCAAGCUGUCAAUAACUUUUCUGCGCUGAUGUAAGAUCUCCAGCAGCCAUGGAGAGUACAGGGGAUAAAGACGUAAACCAAGCAUUUUUAUUCUAUGUACGUUUUCAUUGUUGAAAGUCCUUUGGCCUCUCUUUUUCAAAAACAAGGUUCCACCAUAUCAAGGUUCUUUUGUAUUUAUUUUACUAUUACUCUGAUGUAAAAAUAGUUCCUUAUAAUUAUCGUGGACAGUGAUCUUGUUCCACUGUAGCUUGCUGAUGAGAAAGUAGCAGUAAAGCAAAUGAGAUGAAUUGUGGGCAGAAAGAGUGUGUUCUGUCUCUCUUCUUUUGCCCAUUCCAGUUUAGCUUCCCUGUUUGGCUAUAGCCUGAUUCACAGACAUCAGAGAUGAACUGAGACACCUUCACUUUAGGAGAGGGAGAGAAGUGAAGGGGCUGUGAUCGACCUUAGACAUUUGAUUAUUGGGCUAUUUUGGCUGGUAACUCAUCCCCUUAGUUGCUUGCUUCUCCCUAUUGAUAAGACUAGAGUAAUUUACGAGCCAAGCAUAAUGCUCAUGGCUUUGUUCACAUGAUCAACUACACCCUUGCAGCUUUGCUGCAAAGUGGUAUGGUGAUGCCCCCGGGGCACUUUAGGAAUUUCUGGGUGGGGAUGUGCCGCUGGGACCCUGGAACCCUUGACCUAUACCAGAGCUAGUUCAGCUGAAUUUUGCUACCCUAUACUAGGUGAUGCUGUUUCCCAGUCUAGAUAAAAUCUCAGUUUCAAAAAUGUCUGAAGAUUUAUAUACCCUAUCCUAGAGUAAACUGCUUGAAAACCAUACCCUUCACAGCGGCACAUACCCAUAUAGACCAUAUAUGGCAGUACCCCCCCCGGGGGUGAUGCCCAACUUCUCUUUCAGUCUGAAGAAAGUCUCUGGUACUAAGGGUGUCUUACAGUCGAACCAGGAAAACUGUGAACACCAGAAAUAUUUCUGGAAUGUUAUUGUGUUGCAAGAAAAAAGCCAAUCAGGCGCGAGAAAACUGAACCGCAAACAAGAACGUCAGUUAUUUUCCAACGAAAUUGUGUAUGGGUCAUAUGUUAAAUGUACAUACCGUAAAAUACCGAAAAUAAGCCCCUCCAUGUAUAAGCCCCUCCAAAAUAUAAGCCCCCCAAAAUCGCAAUGCAAAAAACCCUCCAUUAAAUCGCCCCUCCUAUAAGCCCUCCCCCGGGGGGCUUGUACUCAAAUACAAAGAAAAACAAAGAAAAAAUGGUAAAUUUCCUUCCCACUACAAGCUAGCCCAAUUGAUUUUGAAACGCAAAUUUCCGUCCAUACAUAAGCCCCUCCAAAAAUAAGCCCCUCAAAAAGGGCCUUUGAAAAAUAUACGCCCCGGGGCUUAUUUUCGGAAUUUUACGGUAUUUCGUACUUCUCCUGCCCCUUUUUCUUUCAUACUGUUUCCCUUUCCCACUGAGAGACGUUCGAAAGUUUCCGAAGAGAACUGGGCAGUACAUUGAUUCACGCAGUGCAUUAUGGGUUGAUAUAGGCCGCCAAAAUAAGCUACUAGAAAUGAACCAAUGAAAUUUGAAAUAUUAGGUGUACCAUCGCGUGGUUAAUCAAACUCUGAAGAAGGGAUGUUGUAGUAAUUUGUUUGAUUUGUAGCUGUUUGAGAAAGGGAAUAUCGGUGGCGAAGGUUUGUGUAAGUUGCGGAAAGCUGUUUUUAGACAAGGUAACCAAUUCGCUUCUUUUGUACAUUUCAUUUUUCUCUGUGCCUUUAAAUGUAGGCGUGGUCGUGAAGGGAGGCACCCCUCUUUUUUCGUGAGCUUCUUGGAGCGUGGUAUAUCUUAUUCUCAUAAGGUCGUUUUUCACGUAUUGAAAACAAGUUGUACACGUCUUGCCUUUAUGUCGAUUUCUAGAUGACAGACCGAAAAUCAGUGAUAAAAAAUGCUGACAUGACCGAAGACAUGCAGCAAGAUGCCGUCGAGUGUGCCACACAAGCGAUGGAAAAGUUUAACAUCGAGAAAGACAUCGCGGCUUAUAUCAAGAAGGAAUUUGACAAGAAAUACAACCCAACUUGGCACUGUAUUGUUGGAAGGAAUUUUGGCUCGUAUGUGACGCAUGAAACCAAGCAUUUCAUCUACUUCUAUCUUGGUCAAGUGGCGGUGUUGCUUUUCAAGUCUGGAUGA